GCAUUUUAAUCGUGGUUAGUCGAGUUUACUUGCCAUGUCACCUGUUGGAUUGCUUUAAUCAUAUCCCGGCGCUGUUUUGGUCACCAAGAAUCAGCAAACUCUCCGCACAUAUCCACCUUAAUCAGUGUCGAUUACACCCAUCAAUCUGCCGGUUUGAUGCAAUUGGAUUAACAAUGAAGAAUUUUCAGGGAGCUUAUCGUCUGUGGAAGCACUCUUUUGAUCAUCCGACGAACCGUAGAUUAUUAUUCAACUUUCGAUCAUCCUUUUCGGGUCUUACUAAUAACCUUACUCGAAUGAGUGGGAGAAAUGCUUUUUACCACAAUCAAAUUGUUCCUGAGUGUAAUUCAUUUUUAAGAAGUUAUGGCCGUGGUCUUGUAGCUGCUUUCUGCAAAUACGAGAACAAUUGUUUCCAAAUCCAUUACAGAAAUUUGACUUCAAUGGCAUCAACGCCCACAAGAAACAAGUCCUUUUCUGUGAUUAAUUCUGAUGAUAUAAACUACUUUAAGAAUAUUUUGGGAGACAAGGGUGUGGCUCAGGAAGAGGAGAAGCUGGAAGAUGCGAACAUGGACUGGAUGCGGAAAUACAAAGGCUCAAGUAAGCUAAUGCUACAGCCUAGAAGCACACAGGAGGUUUCUCAGAUCCUUGAGUACUGUAACUCUAGAUACCUGGCUGUUGUACCCCAAGGUGGAAAUACAGGUCUUGUGGGAGGAAGCGUACCUGUCUUUGAUGAGGUAAUUGUCAACAUGAGUGCAAUGAAUAACAUCCUUUCCUUCGAUAAGGUUAGCGGUGUACUAGUAUGCGAAGCAGGAUGCAUUUUGGAAAAUUUGAUGUCUUUUCUGGAUAAUGAAGGAUUUAUUAUGCCACUGGAUUUGGGUGCUAAAGGAAGUUGCCAAAUUGGGGGAAAUGUUUCAACUAAUGCUGGUGGCUUGCGCCUUGUCCGGUAUGGUUCUCUCCAUGGCAGUGUUCUUGGUCUUGAAGCUGUUUUAGCGAAUGGUACUGUGCUUGACAUGCUUGGGACUUUGCGCAAAGACAACACUGGAUAUGACUUGAAGCAUUUGUUUAUUGGGAGUGAGGGAUCUUUGGGAAUCAUAACAAAAGUCUCGAUACUUACACCACCUAAGUUGUCAUCAAUAAAUGUAGCCUUCCUAGCUUGUGAAGAUUAUACCAGCUGUCAGAAACUCUUGUUUGAAGCGAGAAGGAAGCUAGGUGAAAUUCUUUCUGCAUUUGAAUUUUUGGACAUCAAUGCUAUGGAUUUGGUUCUAAAACAUUUAGACGGGCUUCGCAAUCCAUUACCUUCGUCAAAACACAACUUUUAUGUCCUGAUUGAGACAACUGGCAGCAUCCAAUCUCAUGACAAUGAAAAGCUUGAAGCAUUCCUCGUUCAGUCUGUCGAAAGUGGACUAGUAACUGAUGGAGUUCUAGCACAAGACAUAAAUCAAGCAUCAGCAUUCUGGCAAAUACGCGAGGGAUUACCCGAAGCUUUGAUGAAAGCAGGGGCUGUAUAUAAAUAUGACUUGUCUAUUCCUCUAGAAUGGAUGUAUGAUCUUGUUGAAGAAAUGAGAAAUCGUCUUGGCACGUCAGCAAAUGUUGUAGCAUAUGGCCACCUUGGAGACAGCAACUUACACCUCAAUAUAUCAACUCCACUAUAUGACAAGAAUGUGUUGUCCAAAAUCGAACCUUUUGUCUACGAUUGGACAUCAAAGCAUCGUGGAAGCAUCAGUGCUGAGCAUGGCCUUGGGUCGAUGAAAGCAAAUAAAAUUCAUUAUAGCAAGUCGGCUGAAACUGUGGAAUUAAUGUGGUGUAUCAAGAGGCUACUGGAUCCCAAGGGAAUACUGAAUCCAUAUAAAGUAUUGCCUACUUCACUCUCAUCUUGGUCAAAGUGAUGGAUGCAAACUCUGUUUGUACUUCUGCUUUAUUAAUUCAAAUCAACUUAUAAUGGUGUCCCUCUCUGUAACAUUUCUUGUAAUUUAUGAUUGAAUUAUACUCCUCUCUUCUAUUCAGAAAAGUGUAUUACUAAAAAUAAUUAUUAUA